AUGCGAGCCCACAUCGAGGUGAUCCCCUGCAAGAUCUGCGGGGACAAAUCCUCGGGGAUCCACUACGGCGUCAUCACCUGCGAGGGCUGCAAGGGCUUUUUCCGGCGCAGCCAGCAGGGCAGCCUGAGCUACGCCUGCAGCCGCCAGCAGAACUGCCCCAUCGACCGCGCCAGCCGCAACCGCUGCCAGCACUGCCGCCUGCAGAAGUGCCUGCGCCUCGGCAUGUCCCGCGACGCCGUCAAGUUCGGCCGCAUGUCCAAGAAGCAGCGGGACCGGCUGCACGCCGAGGUGCAGCAGCAGCUGGAGCAGCGGCAGCGGGAGCGGGCGGCCCAGGGGGGCGCUGCCUUCGCCCUGGGGCUGCCGGGGUGCUGCGGCCACCCCCUGCCCCCCACCGGCACCCCGGGGUGCCCCGGGCCCUGCGAGGGAAGGGCCAGCUGCAGCCCCGGCACGGAGGCGGAGGAGCUGCUGGCCCAGGACGUGCUGCGGUCGCACCGCGAGACCUCGCAGCCGCGCACCGAAGAGCUGCAGCAGCGCCGCUGGGACACCUUCAGCCGCGAGGAGGUCUGCGCCUACCAGAGGAAGCCCAUGCAGGAGAUGUGGGAGCGCUGCGCCGGCCGCCUCACCGAGGCCAUCCAGCACGUGGUGGAGUUCGCCAAGCGCCUGCGCGGCUUCAUGGAGCUGUGCCAGAACGACCAGAUCGUCCUCCUCAAGGCUGGCGCCAUGGAGGUGGUGCUGGUGCGCAUGUGCCGGGCCUUCAACCCCGACAACCGGACCGUCCUCUUCGAGGGCAAGUACGCGGGCACGGAGCUCUUCAGGUCCCUGGGCUGCCACGAGCUCGUCGGCUCCAUCUUCGACUUCGCGCAGAGCCUGUGCGCGCUGCGCCUCUCGGAGAGCGAGGUGGCCUUCCUCUGCGCCAUCGUCCUCAUCAACGCAGACCGCCCGUGGCUGCAGGAGCAGGCGAAGGUGGCGCGGCUGCGGGGGCGCCUGGAGGUGGCCUUCCGCCUGCUGCUGCGCCGCACCCACCGCGAGGGGCUGCUGGCCAGGCUGCCGCCCGCGGGCCGCCUGCGGGCGCUGUGCUCGCAGCACGUGGAGCAGCUCCAGGCCUUCCGCCGCCUGCACCCGGGGGCGCUGCCCGCCGCCUUCCCCCCGCUCUACCGGGAGCUCUUCGCCGCCGACGCCGAGGCCCCCGGCCCCCGCUGA